AUGGCCGAGAAGAAGCGUAAGCUCGAGAAUCCCCCGGAGGAUGUCGCUGCUACCGAACCCGAGGGCAAGAAGGCAAAGCGUGAGUCUAAGAAGGAAGGAAAGAAGGAUAAGAAGGAUAAGAAGGAUAAGAAGGAUAAGAAGCGCAAGGUGCAGGAUGUUGAUGUUGUCAGCAUCGAGGACAAGGAGACUGAGUUGAAAGAGAAGAAGGACAAGAAGGAAAAGAGAGACAAAAAGGACAAGGGAGAUAAGAAAGAAAAGAAGGAGAAGCAAGAGCCGAAGGAGAAGAAGAGCAAGGAUGGAUUGGCCGACGACGAAGAGCAACCAACCGCGAAGGCGAACGGUGCCGAGCCAGAGCCGGAAAUCAGCAAGGAUGCCCCAGACGCAAUGGACAUUGACGGCGAAGAAGAGGUAAAGGAGACAUCGGGGAAAGAAAAGAAGAAGAAGAAGGGGAAAAAGGCCAAGAAGGCGAAGAGUCAGGAGGAACAAGAGCAGACCGGAGAGCAGGGAAAUCCGCAAUCAGAAGAGAAAGAGAAGGCCGAACAAGGGUCGAAACAGACCGUUGCCCCGAAGCAGAAGGCCGCUCGAUUCAUCGUCUUCGUCGGGAAUCUCCCUUACUCUGCCAACACCGAGUCCCUAAGUGCGCACUUCGAAAAGAUACAACCGAUUUCCGUGCGAGUGGCGACGCAGCCAGACAAGCCCACCAAAUGCCGCGGUUUCGGAUUCGUCGAGUUCGACAACUACGAUCGGAUGAAGACCUGUCUGAAGCUCUAUCAUCACUCCUCGUUCGAUGACGGGAAAUACCCUCCCCGCCGUAUCAAUGUUGAAUUGACUGCUGGCGGCGGUGGUAAAUCCGAGCACCGAAAGGCUAAGAUCGAAUAUAAGAACCAGAAGCUUGCGGAGGAGAGGAAGCGCCAGGCUAAGGAGACAAAGACGGAAAAGGUUAAUAAGGCCAAGGCUGAGGAGAAACCGAAUGAUGACUACGCGAAUAUCCAUCCGAGUAGGAGACCUCGCAUGGCCUGAUAGAGGGAAAGUCGUUACGGGUAUUCGGAUGACCUUUAAAAGUAUCUUCAGAGUUGGAGUCAUGUUUCUUUGUCGCUUCCAGCAAGUUUAAGCAGAUACCCUGAAUUUGUCCGGAUAGAAUUC